GAUUCGAUAGCAGCACUUUAGUUCCAAUAAGAAAUUUUUAUCAAUACUAAUACGCGGAACCAUUUCAAUUCCAAUAAGAAAUUACCAGCAAUGCAACGGAAAAUGCUGGACACUGUGAAAAACUAUUGAAACUAUUCGAAGUCGUCGAAAAACAAAGGAAAUACCAAUUGGAAAACCAAUCAAUUUAAAACGCUGUGCAAACAGGAUCAGGAUCACCAGCCAGUCGCACACCACCGAAAGCACAGCCGAGUGAUCCACCGCUGCUCCCCACACAGACACGCAAGGACAUCGCACGAAGGACCGAGGAGCGGCAGGAUUGGGAUCAGGAACAGCAUUAGGAACUGGAUUAAGAUCUAGAGCAACAGCAGCAGGAGUAGGCUUACGGAGGACGGAAUCGAUUCUACCACCAUGUUCACGGGCAAGCUGCAGAUCAAGGUGUGCGAGGCGAGCGGCCUGCGGCCCACAGACUUCCAGAAGCGCCACAAUCUCACCUUCGGCAAACUGGCCGACGAGCAGCUCAUCGAUCCCUAUGUCUCCAUAGAUGUGGACGAGAGUCACUUUGAUCGAGCCACCACACGGCCAAAGACAUUUGAUCCCGUUUGGAACGAGCAGUUCGUCCACGAUGUGUCCAAUGUUAGCAACAUCAACUUGACCGUCUUUCAUGAUGCCGCUCUGCCGCCAGAUGACUUUGUGGCCAACUGCAUCAUCUCCUUCGAGGACCUCAUGCAGAGCGAGACGGCUGUUCAAGAUCUAUGGGUUAACUUGGAGCCCCAGGGAAAGAUUCACGUCAUUAUUGAGCUGAAGAAUCGCACUGAUAAAGCCAAAGCCGAGGCUGUUGUGGAGCACACCGUGGCCGUCAACAAGGAGUUCAAAGAGCGUGCUGGAUUCAACCGCCGUCGCGGUGCCAUGCGUCGUCGUGUCCAUCAGGUGAAUGGUCACAAGUUCAUGGCAACGUUUUUGCGUCAACCCACCUUCUGUUCGCAUUGCCGCGAGUUUAUCUGGGGAAUUGGUAAACAAGGCUAUCAAUGUCAAGUCUGCACGUUAGUUGUACAUAAAAAAUGUCACCAGUCCGUGGUGUCCAAGUGUCCGGGCAUGCGAGAUGAGCAAACCAAAGUGGAGGUGGUGCCGGCGGGCCAGAGAUUCAAUGUGAAUGUACCCCAUCGGUUUGUGGUGCACAGCUACAAGCGCUUCACCUUUUGCGAUCACUGCGGCUCCCUGCUAUAUGGAUUGAUCAAGCAGGGAUUGCAAUGCGAGACCUGCGGGAUGAAUGUGCACAAGCGGUGCCAGAAGAACGUGGCCAAUACGUGUGGCAUCAACACGAAGCAGAUGGCCGAGAUCCUAAGUUCGCUGGGCAUUUCGCCGGACAAGCAGCAACCGCGUCGCUCCAAAUACUUGAAUCAGCAGGGCGGCGAGGAUAACUAUGGGGCAUCCCUGGGCGGCGAUGGUGAUGGGGCUCCGGGCCAGUCAUUCCGCAGUGGCGCCCUAUCGGCGGACAGUUUGGCCAACUCGACGACGACGCUGACCAGUGGCUAUAAUAGCAGCAGCUGUAUGAGCCUGGCGGUUGGAGGUUCUGGUGGUGGUUCUGGGGCCACCGGAGAGACUCGUCCCGGCAAGUGCUCCUUGCUGGACUUCAAUUUCAUCAAGGUGCUGGGCAAAGGGUCCUUUGGCAAGGUGAUGCUGGCCGAGAAGAAGGGCACCGACGAGAUCUAUGCCAUCAAGGUGCUCAAGAAGGACGCUAUCAUACAGGACGACGACGUCGAUUGCACCAUGACCGAGAAGCGCAUCCUGGCGCUGGCCGCCAACCAUCCCUUCCUGACUGCGUUACAUUCCUGUUUCCAGACCCCGGACCGCCUGUUCUUUGUGAUGGAGUAUGUGAAUGGCGGCGAUCUAAUGUUCCAGAUACAGAAGGCGCGUCGCUUUGAGGCCUCUCGAGCCGCCUUCUAUGCGGCGGAGGUGACUUUGGCGCUGCAGUUCCUCCACACCCACGGCGUCAUCUACCGCGACCUGAAGCUGGACAACAUUCUGCUCGACCAGGAGGGCCACUGCAAGCUGGCCGAUUUUGGUAUGUGCAAGGAGGGCAUCAUGAACGGCAUGCUGACCACCACCUUCUGCGGCACCCCCGACUACAUUGCCCCAGAGAUCCUCAAGGAGCAGGAGUAUGGAGCCUCCGUCGACUGGUGGGCGCUGGGCGUCCUCAUGUACGAGAUGAUGGCCGGCCAGCCGCCAUUCGAGGCGGACAACGAGGACGAGCUCUUCGACUCCAUCAUGCACGACGAUGUCCUCUAUCCGGUUUGGCUGUCCCGCGAGGCCGUCUCCAUACUAAAGGGUUUUCUCACCAAGAAUCCGGAGCAGCGACUGGGUUGCACUGGCGAUGAGAACGAGAUACGCAAGCAUCCAUUUUUCAACAAGCUGGACUGGAAGGAGCUGGAGAAGCGCAACAUAAAGCCACCAUUCCGACCAAAAAUGAAAAAUCCACGCGAUGCCAACAACUUCGAUGCGGAGUUCACCAAGGAGGAUCCUGUACUCACACCGAUUGGAAACGACGUGGUGCGCUGCAUCAAUCAGGACGAGUUCGCCGGCUUCUCGUUUGUGAAUCCCAAAUUUGGGCCGGAACGCAAAGUCUACUAAGGACCAACGAUCCUAGUUCAUGUACACCUACCAGUUUUGAUUGGUCGCGAUGCGAUCUGGAGUCCCGCAGAGAUUGGGGCAAACCCCGGUCGGCGGUGGGACUGGUCAACCGGAUCGCCAUCGAGCCGAGCUGUCAUCCAGCGUGUAGCGCAUCCCCUAGCACAAGCAGUCUAAUAUUUUCAUUUAUAGUAACGCCCCCUUCCCCGUAUCUCCCCAUUGUUGUCUGUUUCCCGCCCGUAGUCGUGGUCCUAGUUUCGUUACCGGUCCUGUGUGUGUUGAUCACUCAUCCAGAACAUCCAAACUACCAGUGCCAAUUGUCGAAACUGCUAAGCUUCAACUUGAAUUAAAAGCGCACAAGGACGCGAAUUCUUCAGAUCUUGUCAUCCCCCUACCCGAACGCCCCGAAAAACCUUAACCGCUUCAAGCUCCACACCUGUUGGAAUUUUAAUUAUGUUGUUUGCCAAGCCCCGAAAAACAAAAAAAAAAAGAAACCAACACAAAAAAAAAAAGAAAAGAGGAAAAUGGAACCCCCACCCCAUCUAGUCAAUGCCCAGUGGCUGAGUGCAUUUUGUUAUUAGUUAUUUAUUGAUUGUUUGACGUGCCGAAUCUCAAGUUUCGCACUCACAGACCGACAGCAUCCAAGCAGAGCUCUAUUUAUGGGAGGCGAGGCACUUGCUCCAAGCGAAUCUCAAGGGAAUUUCUAACACAAUAGCCGCAAUGUGCCGUCUGUACUACACACAAAAAAAAAAAAACAACCACACACAAUACAUAAAAACGACCACAUAAAUCUAAUUUCAAUUUGUUUUAUGUAUUCGAAAUCUUGCACAACUUCCUUCUCAAGUAUUAAAGCGAUAUUAUUUUAAAAUUACCUUAUUGUUAUACAUAAAUAUUUAUAAAAGUGAAAAGAAAAGAAAAAACAAAAAACAAAAUGAAGCCAAAAAACCCCUAAUACAAACGCAUACAAUUUACCAACAAAGAGAAAGUAAAGCUAACUAAUCAUAGGAGAUAAAGCUAAAAACCCACAAAGAGAAUGUCUAUAAAAUUCAUAUUAAUUUAUGCUAAACAAAUUAUGAAUACAAGAAACCAAACGUGUUUAGUCUGUAAGCAAAUGAAGAGGAGAACAAACAAAUUAUAUAUAUAUGAAAAAGGGAUAUAUAUGAUUUUAAAGCCAAAGACUCAAAAGCUAAGUUCUAUUCGCAACUAACUGCAUUCAAAUUGUAGCAUAAAUUUGAUUAACACUAUUAUUGUUUACUCCAUAGCAAAAUCCUAUUUCUGUUUCGUUUUCAGUCUACCACAGCAAGCGGAACUAUGCUAAAAUAAAUCUUGAAUGAAUAUAUAAUAAUAAUAAUAAUUAUAAUGUGAAAGAAUAGCAAAGGAUGGAUAACAGAAGAUCUAUUAACUAUAAGCAGCGUUGUUAACUAAAAAUCGUAAGGCAAAGGCAGGCAUAAACACACAUUUGUAUGUAAUAAUAAACGCCCAGUGUCUAAUAAUAUUUGUGAAAUAGAGAGCCCAGCUAGUUACCCAUUUACAAUUUAAAUGUUAACCCAAAGUAUUUUCAAGAACGCAUUUUACCAAAAAAGAAAGAAACAAAUAACAAGCAAGAGUAACAAAAAAAUACGAUGAUUUCGAGGAGGAGUAUAGGCAAAAUGUUAAAAGCUAUGAAUAAUUUUUUAAGCAAUGCGCUCAAAGGCCUUUGCAAGGAUAGAGGCGCGUAUUCAAUUAAAACUAAAUAAAAACAA